AUGGCAAAACCUGUACUGUUUGACCGACUCACGAGAUGGUAUCUCCAGUUUCAACAAUUUGAAAUUAUUUAUGUACCUGCGAAGGCUGUCAAAGGACAAAUAUUGGCAGACUUUUUAGCGGAUCAUCACAUACCUGCCGAGUGGGAAUUGACUGAUGAACUCUCCGAUGAAGAAGUGUUUAUGAUCGAAUCCCCAUGGUCAAUGUAUUUCGAUGGAGCCGCGCACCGUGACGGAGCUGGUGCAGGAGUUAUCUUUUAUACUCCUGAAUCAGAUAUAUUACCAUACUCUUUCACUUUAACACGUCGGUGUUCAAACAAUAUGACCGAAUAUCAGGCAUUGAUUCUCGGUCUGGAAAUGACCGUAGACAUGAAGCAGUUGCAUCUUAGGGUCUAUAGUGAUUCCAAAUUAGUGGUAAAUCAACUUCUUGGUAUUUAUGAUGUUAUAAAGCCUAAAUUGAUCCCAUAUUAUAAGUAUGCAAGACAACUCAUGGAAUAUUUAGAUAAUGUCACUAUAGAACAUAUUCCUAGAAAUUUCAACCAACAAGCUAACUCUUUAGCAAGAUUGACGUCCAUGAUCACUCUACCUUCUCAUCGAAAUCAAAUUUCAAUAUGUCAAAAUUGGAUCAUACCUCCGAUGUUUGAUGAAGAGGAUGAUGGUGAGGAAGAAAAUGCUUAUCAUAUUUUUGUCCAUGAGAUCGAAAAGGAGGAUUGGCGUCACCUCAUCAUUGAUUACAUUAAUCAUGGAAAGUUAUCAUAA